AUGGACCCAAAUCAGAUAGAGGGAUGCAGUCUUUGGUGGAAGGGCCCUGAAUGGUUAGGGCAAAAUCAUUAUCCGGAGCAGCCAGGCACCUUGGAGUCUCAAAUAGCAGAAGAGGAAAUUCGUCGUACCGCACAUCCAACCACCAGUCGAGUAUCAGACUUCAGUGAAGACUAUGUUCGAAGGUUUUCGUCAUAUACCAAACUAAUACGCAGUACCGCUUAUUGGAUGCGGCUCAUGCGUAUUCUCAAGAAAUCUGAAGAGAACUGCAAAAAUUUACUAACCGUCGAAGAAUUGGAACAAGCAGAAUUUUCUAUCAUCCGCUGCAUCCAGCAAGAAUCGUUUCCUGCUGAGUGGAAGGCGUUAAUGAAAAACGAAAACGUACAUCGAAGUUCACCACUUAGAUGGUUUACCCCACGAAUAUCAUCAGAAGGACUAAUUCGCGUGGGAGGCAGAUUAGGAAGAUCCAUGGAAUCGGAAAAUACGAAGCACCCAAUUGUGCUACCAGCUAAACAUCCGUUUACUAAGAUGUUAUUCGAGUACUAUCACAUCAAGCUACUUCAUGCUGGUUCUCAACUACUGCUAAGCACAGUGAGACUGAAGUAUUGGCCACUUGGUGGCAGAAAUGUUCCACGACAGGUUGUGCAUAGUUGCAUGAAAUGCUUUCGAGCGAAACCCAGCCCUAUUGAGCAGUUUAUGGGAGAACUACCUCAAGCACGUGUCACCGUAGCUCGGGCAUUUCUAAGGACAGGCGUCGACUAUUUUGGUCCAGUACACAUUCGGCCAGCUCCAAGAAAACCAGCGGUUAAGGCAUACGUGUCAGUCUUCAUUUGUCUGUGUACGAAGGCUGUACAUCUAGAACUCGUGUCCGAUUUAUCCACAGAACGUUUUCUCCAAGCUUUACGACGAUUCACCGGUAGAAGAGGAUACUGUUCAGACAUCUAUUCAGACAAUGGGACAAACUUUGUCGGAGCCCGAAAUUAUCUGCGAGAGAUCCUCAAACUGCUGCGCAACGAUCACCACAAGGAAGCAGUUUCGAAGGAGUGUGCGAACAACAAUAUCCAAUGGCACUUUAUACCCCCAGGAGCACCUCACUUCGGAGGACUCUGGGAAGCAGCAGUCAGAUCAGCCAAAAAACAUCUUUUGAAGGUUCUAGGAGAGAACGCGGUUUCAUUUGAGGACAUGACUACGCUUCUGGUGCAAGUAGAAAACUGCCUCAACUCCAGACCAAUUACAGCGUUAACGGAUGAUCCUGACAAUCUUGAGCCUCUAACACCGGGACAUUUUCUUAUUGGGGAACCCCUACAACAAAUACCGGAGAGAGAUGUUCGCGAUGUACCCUUGAACAGGUUGAACAACAAUCAAACGUUGCUGAAAAGAAUCCAGCACUUUUGGGAUCGUUGGAGAGUUGAAUACCUGACGCAACUUCAAGGGCGAUUCAAAAGAUGGAAGACACCAAUUGAAAUCAAGAUCGGUCAGCUAGUUGUCAUCAAGGAUGAUAACUUACCACCAAGUCGUUGGAAGAUGGGACGAGUAGAUCGAGUUUUUCCAGGACCUGAUGGAGUCGUAAGGGUCGUUACUUUGAAGACUGCAACAGGACUAUCCACGCGUCCAGUCGAAAAGCUUUGUGUUUUACCAGCGUCGUCUCAACCAGAUUACAAGCUGCCUAGUUUCUCGGAGGAAGAUCAGUAG